AUGUCUCAAUGGCUUCGCGGAGACUUUCGCGAAUACUCUCGCGAGGAUUCUCGCAAAGACUUUCGUAAAGACUUUCGCAAUCCUUCCGACUCUCACAAUUGGCCAGCAGUAACCGCGCUUUCACUCGAACGGAGCCUCUCAAUAACGGAAGAAGGCGAUGAGGUCUACAACACCCUGCCUAAUAACGUCAACCCACGAUGGACGCGUGACCCAGGACUUCGACGAUUGAACCUGGCGAUUGUCACCAUGUUUGCAUCAGCCGCAGCCAAUGGCUACGAUGGCUCACUUAUCAACGGCCUCCUUGCCAUUCCAGCCUUCAACAACAACCUAGGCGACAUCGACUCAAGCUUGCUGGGCCUAACGCUUGCGGGUAUCAGUCUGGGUGGAUUACCUUCCUUCAUCCCAGCUUCCUACGUCAGCGAUUACAUGGGCCGUCGCUUCUGUGUUGCGAUCAGAUCGUUCCUCAUGCUUGCGGCAUCCGUGCUUCAGUGUGCCACAUCCGACGUGUACGCUUUCUUGGGCACAAGAAUCAUGCUGGGAGUCGGUCUCGGCUUCGCGCAGACCGCAGCUCCUCCGUUGACAACGGAGAUUGCUCAUCCCAUGCAUCGAGCCAAUAUCACAAACCUAUUUCAAGCGACCUGGUACUGGGGCGCCAUCGUAUCCGCUGCAGUCACCCUGGGAACCCUUCACAUGAGCAGCAGUUGGUCUUGGCGUCUACCUUGCUUGCUACAGGGACUAUUUCCCGGCAUCCAGCUUCUGGGCCUCCUUUUCAUUCCUGAAUCCCCUCGCUGGUUGAUUUCAAAGGAUAGGCACCACGAAGCCCUUCAGAUUCUUGCCAAGUACCACGCAAACGGCUCGGUCGAUGAUGAGCUCGUUCAAUACGAAUAUCAAGAGAUUUGCCAUACGUUGGGGUUAGAGAAGGAAGCCGCCAGGAGGAACGGGUGGGCAACAUUCUUCGCAACGAAAGGUAACCGACAUAGAUUCCUCGUCUGCGUGCUCGUGGGCUUCAUGAUCCAGUGGGCUGGGAAUGGGAUUGUCUCAUACUACCUCGCCCCCAUCUUGAAAAGCGUCGGUAUCAUGAGCUCCACCACCCAGUCCGGCAUCAACCUCGCCCUCCAAUUUUGGAAUGCGUCACUCGCCUUCGUUGGUGCCCUGGCGGCCGAGCGCUUCGGUCGACGUCCCCUCUGGCUGCUCUCCGCGUCCGGUAUGCUAGCGUCCUUCAUCGUCGUCACCGCGCUGUCCGCGACUUUCGCCGAACACGGAAUCAAAGCCGCCGGGGCAGCGACCGUGGCCUUCCUCUUCAUCUUCUUCGGAUUCUACGAUAUUGCAUUCACGCCACUGUCCAUCGCCUAUCCCGUCGAGAUCUUGCCGUUUGGCUUGCGGGCGAAGGGGCUGAGCGUGAAUCUCACGACGGUCUUUGGGGCCGGAUUUUUCAACCAGUACGUGAAUCCGAUUGCGCUGGACGCGAUCCAGUGGAAGUUUUAUUUUGUGUACAUUGGGACUUUGGCGGCUAUGAUCCCGACCAUAUACUUUCUGUUCCCCGAGACGAAAGGACGGACACUCGAAGAGAUUGCUGUCGUUUUCGAUGGCGAGGAUGCUAGAUCGGAGGUUCAACGUCAGAUAGUAAUUGGGAAGGAGGACUUGAAGGGCAUUGAGGCUGUAGAGGUGGAUGCUGUGUUUGCCGAAAAGGCAUGA